AUGAGUGGUCAGCUGACAUCAACUGCUCGUUCAUUGAGUGCUCCAGGCAGAAGCAAACAUAACAAGAAGCUUCAUAGCAGCCCUUGCACGACCUUUUGUCAGAACUGUGAGCGACGUAAACAGGAGGAUUUGAAACUGGAUGAGGAAGGCGUGAGGUGCAGACACAAUCGGUGUCACUCGACGAGGGAGAAGUUUGUGAGCAGCAAUCUGGCAAAGCAUGAGAAGAAGAAACACAAGCUUUGCCAGCCUGACUGUCCCAUAUGCUUGGGCUUGCCAUUACCCAAACGAGGCUCCAGACGAGGAACCAGUGGCGCUGGUGGUGGCUAUGGUGGUGGCUCUGGUGUGAAGGGUACUAUUUUCUCUGGGAAGGGUACUGGGGUCAGCGAUAUCAAACCAGAGACUGUUCUUACACCUGGCACUAUCAACACCAUGUCUAUCAGUCAGAUCACCGAUGUCGUCCAGCCGGCAGACACAAUAGCCGACCUGGAUGAUAUCACAACCAACACCACAACCUCCACCACAACCACGUCCACCACUUCCACCACCUCGACAACAGGUUGGCCGCGACAUCUGGACAACGAUCAUUAUUCGUCGAUUGAGUGCAAAACACCAGACGACGAUCUUGAUUCACCUCCAGCAUCCAGCGACCCUGAUUCUCCACCAGCGACCAAUGUUAGGAUGGAGGAUUACACUGGCGAGGAGGACGAGGAGGAGGAUGAGACGGUGGUUGAGGCGACGGUGGAGGAGGAUGAGUCUGACGAGGAGAUCGAGGAGGAUCAUGAGCUCCUGAUGACGACAGGUGCCAACAUGGCAUCGCAUAGGAGGUGGCAAAAGUUGUUCGUUGGCUGUGAUGUGGAGGCCAAGACCGACGCUGACACACCGGACAGGUUUGCGUGGUAUGAGGGUAUAUUGUUUCGUAAAGAAAACUUCCCUUUCUGCAUUGUACAGUACAAUCAGGAGCGCUACUGCACGAGGUUGGUGGAGUUUGAGUCUCUGCACAUCAAAAGGAUACGACCAGUGUCCAAUUGUCUAUUACAGGUCAGCGAAGCGCGAUACAUGUUGAAGGUUAUGGUGUUCUACAAUCUGCGAUACUACUCUGGCAAACUUAUAGAUCUCAAUCUCAAAUGGAACAGGAUACCUCUGGAAUCCGUCACAGUGAACAUUAGAGACUUGAACGUCAUAUUUAGGGCCUCUUGGAAUUGCGUUUAUAAAUUACCGCCUUAA